AUGAAGACAAGAUUUAAUACUUACGAUAUUGUGUGUAUGGUGUCGGAACUGCAAAGACUGGUGGGUAUGCGAGUUAAUCAAGUGUAUGAUAUUGAUAACAAGACAUAUGUGAUCCGACUACAGAGGUCCGAAGAGAAGGCUGUGCUGCUACUGGAGUCGGGGAACAGGUUCCACACAACACAGUUUGAAUGGCCCAAGAAUGUGGCUCCAUCUGGGUUCACUAUGAAGCUCCGGAAACAUCUUAAAAACAAGCGUCUGGAGAAGCUAAGCCAGCUGGGUAUUGACAGAAUAGUGGAGUUACAGUUUGGUAGCGGUGAGGCCGCGUAUCAUGUUAUACUGGAACUAUAUGACCGAGGAAACAUAGUUCUGACGGAUUACGAGUGGACAAUACUGAAUGUACUACGUUUGCAGUCAAAGAAAAGUAUCCUCUUGACAGAGCUCAAAACGGACUAUUCAGCACCAAAUGAAGAUGCUCUUAAAGAGAUAUUAGGAAAGAGCAAACCUGGUGAUAAUCUGAAGAAAAUACUUAAUCCUAAUUUAGAAUAUGGUGCAUCAAUAAUAGAUCAUGUUCUGCUGCAAAGUGGUCUGUCUGGUAACUUAAAGAUAUCACAGGAUCCUAACAAAGGAUUUUAUAUGGAAAGGGAUUUGGAAACGCUAGCAAAUGCUCUGAAACAAGCUGAGACUAUUAUAGAGAAUGGAAAGAAUCAAACAGCUAAGGGUUAUAUAAUCCAAAAGAGAGAAGAUCGUCCAAAUAAAGACGGUGGGCCCGACUUCUUCCUCACCAACCAGGAGUUCCAUCCCCUGCUGUACCUUCAGAAUAAAGACCAGGUGUAUGUGGAGUAUGACACCUUUGAUAGAGCAGUCGAUGAAUUCUAUUCGGCUUUGGAAGGACAGAAAAUAGAUCUUAAGACAAUUCAAGUCGAACGUGAGGCUAUGAAGAAGCUGCAGAAUAUUCGCACCGAUCACGAGAAGAGACUCAGUAACUUGGAGAAGGUUCAGCUCGAGGAUCGGCGGGCGGCUGAAAUGAUAGCCAGGAACGAACCGCUAGUGGAACAAGCGAGACUCGCCAUACAGACGGCUAUAGCCAACCAGAUGAGCUGGGAUGACAUCAAAUUAUUAGUGAAAACGGCUCAAGACAAUAAAGAUCCUGUGGCGUCGGCUAUAAAACAACUGAAAUUGAACACCAACCACAUUACGUUGCUGCUCAAAGAUCCAUAUGAUGAUGAUGAUGAUGACGAUGAUAAUGAUGAUGAAAGUAACGGCGGCGGUGAUAAAGAGAGGCUGGAACCGAUGAUGGUUGAUAUCGACCUGUCUUUGACUGCCUUCGCUAACGCUAGACGUUACUACGAUCAAAAACGCAAUGCUGCCAAGAAGCAGCAAAAGACGCUGGAGUCAGCAGACAAAGCGCUGAAGAGCGCUGAGAAGAAAACUAAACAGACUCUGAAGGAGGCCCAGGCUAUUAGCAGCAUCAGUAAGGCGAGGAGGAACUACUGGUUCGAGAAAUUCUACUGGUUCAUAUCAUCUGAUAACUACUUGGUGAUAGCCGGUCGUGACCAGCAACAGAAUGAGUUGCUAGUGAAGCGUUAUAUGAGAUCUACAGACGUGUAUGUUCACGCGGAUGUAUCUGGGGCUUCAUCGGUGGUCAUUAAAUGUCCCUCGGGACCUCCGCCCCCAAGGACGCUCAGUGAAGCGGGACAAGCUGCCGUCGCAUACAGUGUUGCAUGGGAAGCCAAAGUCCUGACUCGUGCGUGGUGGGUGCACGGUCACCAAGUGUCCAAGUCAGCUCCGACGGGUGAAUAUUUGUCAACUGGCUCGUUCAUGAUCCGCGGAAAGAAGAACUACCUGCUGCCUGAACAUCUGCAGUUCGGAUUCAGCUUUAUGUUCAGGCUUGAAGAUAGUUCCAUCGACCGUCACCGCGACGACCGGAAGGCUGUUCAAGCUGAUGACGCGAGUGACGUCACAUCCGUCAUCAGCGCGGACGAACAGGAAAUUGUAGUGUCGGAUGACGACGAACCUUCAGACAACGAAGACAAGGAGAAAAAAUUGAAUACAAUAGCCGAAGAAGUUACGAAAAUAGAAAUACAAGAAAAUAUAGAAGAUAAAUCUAAGGAAAAAAAUAAAGAAGAGUUGGACAACAAAGAUACAGAUAAUAAUGAAAAUGAAUUAAAAACCAAAGAUGAUUUGAAAAAUGAAGAGAGCGAGUCUGAUAGUGAAACUGGAGUAUUACAUACACAUGUGAAGGUUUGUUCAUAUUAA